AUGGCACCCGUACUUCGCGCCCUCAUGGCCCGUCGCCUUGUCGUGAGCGGCAAAGACAUCGCAGCUCUCGGUCCUCUGGCAGCGCGCGCCAUCCUUCUCGCCCGCGAUGACGACAACAAAGAGAAGGACCGUCCCGACCCAGAGCAGGGACUCGUGCACCCGCAGGAGAUCAACAACAACGCCAUGUUCGCGCUCUUCGGCAUUCUUGGCGCCGCCAUCGUCAUCGGUGCCGUCUGGUUCUUCUUCUGGGCCAAGAACGGUGGCUUCUACUUCAGGGAGGACGAUUGGGAUGACUACAAGUCGACAGUGCUGCGCCGCAAGGGUCCCAACGGCACCAUUUAUUCGAAUGCCACCCCCAGCACCAUUCUCGGCGGCGGCAGCGUGUACAAGGAUUACGACGGCAUGACGGAGAUGGACAACACCACAGUCGUAUCCGGCACUACGGGCAUCACAGGCAUCACGGGCGGCGUGUCCGACAUCUACGGGCGCGAGAAGCGGCGCAAGAAGCGCGAGCAAAAGGAGCGCGAUAAGGAACGCCGGCGCGAGGAGAAGGCACGCGAGAAGGAAGAGAAGAAGCGGAGCAAGCGCAAGGUCGGCGCCGAUGGCAUCAUGGUCGAUGAGGAGGCCGAGGCCAUGGCCCAGGAACAGCUGCGCAACUACCGGUCCGAGAAACCCGCCCGCGUUGGUGGCAUCAACGUCGCUAGCGAGGCGAGCGAGUGGGACGGCUCGACUAACCCCAGCUGGAGCGGUGUGGGUACUUCGACUGUUGAUAGCGGCAGCACCGUCACGGAGGGGUUGAUCCAGCACCAGGAGAAGCGCGAGCGGAGCCCUAGCAAGAAGGAACGGGAUGAGGAGCGCGCAGCCAGGAAGGAGGCGGAGCGUAGGGAGAGACGCGAGCAGCGUGAGCGUGAGCGUGAGCGUGAGCGUGAGCGUGAGCGUGAUCGCGAGCUUGGCCGUGACCGUGACCGUGACCGUAACCCUGAUAGAGAGCGCGAGAAAGAGAAGAAGACGGGCGGCAUCCGCAAGGUGUACUCGACAGCCGACAAGAACGCCAGCCGCGAAGCCGAGCGGUUGCGGGCCGAGGCGCGCCGUCUGCGGGAACGGGAUCGUGCGGCUGCAGCGGCCGGGCAGCGUGAGCGCGAACAGCGCUCGUCGAAACGGGACUUUAGCUGGCAGCACGGAGUGGACGACGAAUCUUCCAUUGCGCUGCGCCGCAUCGACGAGCGGGGCGAGAGUGUCCUGGAUGAUGUCCAAGAGCACGAGGAGGGUGUUGUCGCCACGGGCAGCGGCGGCAAUGGGAAGUACGCACGGGUGAACAACAACGACUAUGACGAGCUCGACGAAGUCCCGCCGCUGCGUACAUCACGCGCCUUGGUCCCGUCGAGCUACACGGGAACGGAGAGCGACUUGAUGACGGAGAGCGAGGUCAGCGGCCACAAGGUCUACAAGCACCCGGUUCACAUCCCCGUCAGCGGCGCGGAGAGCUCGGUGGGAAGCGAGGUGUCAUAUGCGGAGGAGAGGAGGAAGAAGAGAAACGGUGCUGGAUACAGGAAGCAUCAUCGUAGGGACGGUGAUGGGGAUAGCAGCGUUGGCGGUUACUAA